AUGCUCACGGAGGAGCUCAAGGACGACGCGUCGUCGCUCAAGGACGGCGCGUCGUCGCUCGAGGACGGCGCGCCGCCGGCCGACGACGCGGCGGACCGCGGCUCCGAGUUCUUCCGGGGCAGCUUCGAGGACGGGGGCUUCCCCGGCGCCCCGGCGAAGGCGCCGUCGGAGGAGCUCGACUUCGCGCCGGCGUGGGUACGCGACUCGCUCGUCGACGCGCUGCCCGUGCAGUACGGCCAGGCGCCGCCCGCGGCCGCCGCCGCGGCGCCGCCGCCGCCGCCGCCGCGCGACGCCGCGGGCAACAAGGUCCGCGGGCUGCACCCCGGCCCGUCGCUGACCGAGAGCGGCUUCGAGCGCAAGAUCGCGGCCGCCUUCCCGCCGCCGCAGCCCCUGGGCGACAACGGCUUCACGGAGAACCAGCGGCGGCGCAUGGAGCAGCGGACCGUCGGCACGUACCUCCAGCACACGACGGCCAUGUCGACGAUCAGCCUCGGGCCCGCCGCGGCGCCGCCGCCGCCGUCGUCGCGGCCGCCGCAGCCCCAGCGCGAGAAGCCCUGCGCCCGCUUCGCGCCGGGCUGCGCGCUCAUGUGA